AUGGAGGGAUCGGCGACGGAGGGAAAUCACGGGGGCGAUCCCCGCGCCGAGCAUGCCGCAACCAAGGAGUCCGAGGCGGCAGCAACGCAACACCAUCUGACGCUGCUCCAACCGACCGUGGUCCAAGUUUCGGCAGCCGUGCUGGAUAAGGACAAGGUGGGGGAGCACGAGUCGGUGAGGCUGGUCGGUGGCUCUCCACCUUCUGGUGGACGGGGGAGGCGUAGGCAGAGGAAGAGCGAUGGGGAGGACGAUUAUGACACCGCCGUGCCCAGGGACCUCAUUACGCAGGCGAAGAGGCGGCAGACGACAGGUAGUGCUGACGACACCGGUGGCGCGGCUGUUGGGACACCGCGAGGCGCCAAGGAAGCUAGUGGCAAGGCGGGCGGUCAAGCAUUGCUCCAGAAGGGCCGACCCGCAGCAAGAAAAGCAUCCGGCGGAAGGAGAGGCAAGAAAGAAGCGGCGGGAACAAAGCCGAAACGGGGCGAUGAAGACCCCGGUGAUGCGGAGGAGGAGGAGGAGGAGGAGGAUGAGGAGGAGGAGGAUGCGGAGGGAGAGGAGGAUGACGCGGAUGUUGGGGAGGAUAAAAAAGAUGAGAAUGAUGGCGGGGAGGACGAAGAGGAGGAGGAGGAGGAGAAGGAGGAGGAGGAGGAGGAGGAGGAGGAGGAGGAGGAGGAGGAGGAGGAGGAGGAGGAGGAGGAUGAGGAGGAGGAGGAGGAGGAGGAGGAGGAGGAGGAGGAGGAGGAGGCGGAGGAGGAGGAGGAGGAGGAGGAGGAGGAGGAGGAGGAGGAGGAGGAGGAAGAGGAGGAGGAGGAGGAGGAGCAGGGUGACGACGAGGAGGAGGAUGUGGAGGAGGAGAAGGAGGAGGAGGAGGAGGAGGAGGAGGAGGAGGAGGAGGAUGUGGCGCCAGUGAAGGGACGGGGCGGGCGUGGCAGACGGCGUGAUAGUGUGAGGGCACACGGGACUGCUGCAGAAGACGUUGAUCCCCUUGGCCAGAGGGGGGAUUCUUCACACCCUUUUCCUCCGCUCAUGGGUGCCCUAGGUGAAAGUGCGGAGCACGAGCACUUUGUUACACGGGAGGAGUUCCAGGCGCUGCGGUCUGAGAUGUACGCCAUGUUUGCACAGCUUGGCCUGCGUCGUGGAGUACCUGCCAGCUAUGCCGGCGGGUCGGCAGCCCUGCCUAUGGCUGGUACCCCGCCGCCGAUGAGCGCCGUGGACAGGGCACGAGUGCUAGUGUUGCAGGAGACAAACCCAUUCCCGGUAUGUGGCGGGCCACAUGGGGAGGGUUGGGGUUGA